AUGUUCACUUGUACCCCACAUUGCAGAAUGUUUUUUCCCUACUCUUGCACAUUGUAUAUAAAUAAAUGCCUUCUUCGAUACAUACGCAUUCUAUAUCAUCGACAACGUCAAAAUAUGCAAAUUUUCGUGAAAACAUUAACAGGAAAGACAAUCACAGUGGAGGUCGAAUCUUCCGACACAAUCGAAAAUGUGAAGGCUAAAAUUCACGAUAAAGAAGGUAUCCCUCCAGAUCAACAACGAUUGAUUUUUGCUGGCAAACAGCUUGAAGACGGACGAACACUGUCGGAUUACAAUAUUCAAAAAGAAUCAACUUUGCAUUUAGUUCUUCGUCUUCGUGGUGGUUGCAACACAUUUUCUUGUGGUGAUAUCAUCGUUUGUGCACCGAAACAACAUACUGGUCAAUGUCCAGGUACAACUUAUCAUAACACUCCCUGUUGGAAAUGUACUGCCUACGGUCACAAAUGA